CUAGUCGUACUAGGAGGGAGAGAGACAGUGGGUGGGAGUAGCAUCACUGCAGCUAGUGCCAUUUGGCUGGGCGCCUCCUUUCUCCAGUCCGGUCUGGUCCCUCCCUUUGCUUCAGAGUCCAGCCAUUCCCUCCAGUCCAGUUCAGGCGUUCAGCCAGCCGCCGGCGGCGGGCCAUCUUCCUCCCGCGCGUCCUCCUCCUCCUCCUCCUUCCAGUUCCAUUAACAAAUUGCUUGCCUGCCCAAAACAAGUCUUGCAGGCAGCCUUGUCCCUGCUCUCCCCUACUGGACUCUUUUCCAUCACAUCGCAAUCUCUGUGCACGGAAAGACAAACAGUGCCCUGCUUGUCUCCACCUCUCCUGGCUGCCAACCUUAACAUUAGCCUCACCUGGGCGCUGCCCAUCUCUCGCUCUCGCACUGAGUGAGGACAAGAUGCAGCACACUGCACAGAUGAAGAGCAGGGAGUGAGCGAUAGCCGGCCAUUUGGUUGGAGGUUGGCCUGCAUGACUGCUCUCCCUGACCGGCGGCUGACCCUGACGAAGGGGAACAAUGAGGGAUGGCGGCGGCAACAGCAAGAUGAGCAAGCUGUCAUGGUCCAAGAGCCUGGUGAGGAAGUGGUUCAACAUCAGGGGCAAGUCCCAUGACUUCCAUGCCGAUGCUGCAGCAGUUGGAACUGGGAGUGGGAGGUCAGGUGGAGGGGAUGAUGAUUGGAGGGAUGGCAGCUUCACGAGGAGGGACUCGUACGCCGCCAAGAAGAGCAGAACAGAGCGGGCGUCGCGGAGGAGCCACGAGCGGUCGCGGCGCAGCAAGAUCGACCUCGACGCCGCCGAGGCCACCGUCAUGCUCGACUACAGGAUCUUUGCUGCUACGUGGAAUGUAGGUGGCCGCGCGCCGCCGGGGUCGCUCAGCCUCGACGACUGGCUCCGCACCUCGCCGCCGGCCGACAUCUACGUCCUCGGGUUCCAAGAAAUCGUCCCGUUGAACGCCGGGAACGUCCUCGGCGCCGAGGACAACGGGCCCGCGAGGAAGUGGGUGUCGCUGGUCAGGCGGACGCUCAACAGCCUGCCAGGAAGUGGCGGUAGCGGGAGCCUGCAGACGCCGUCGCCGGCGCCGUACCUGGUGGCGGAGAUGGACGCGGACUUCGAGCGGUCGACGCGAAACGACCCGUCCUUCUUCCACCGGCGGUCGUUCCAGUCUGGGCUCAGCCGGAGCAUGCGGGUGGACGGCGACAUCCUCGCCGGCCCCGGUCCCGCCAGGCUCGAGCGCCGGUACAGCGUCAACGACCGCGUGAUGUACGGUAGCAGGCCCAGCGACUAUGAGGCCAACUGCCGCUGGGGCGGCGGCGGCGGCGGUCAGUCAGACGACGAAGAUGACCAUGUUGGCGGCGGCGAGUCGCCGAUCACGGUGUUCUCUCCGAUGUCGCAUGGAUACGGAAAUGCUCAGCCCAUGGAAGAAUGCAGCGGAUCAGCCCGUGGCCCUGCUAGGUACUGCCUUGUUGCAAGCAAGCAGAUGGUUGGAUUGUUCCUGAUGAUUUGGGCUCGGAAGGAGAUGAAGAAUGACAUUAGAAAUCUGAAGGUGUCCUGUGUUGGGAGGGGAUUAAUGGGCUACCUUGGAAAUAAGGGUUCAAUUUCCAUCAGCAUGGUUUUGCACCAAACAAGUUUCUGCUUUGUCUGCAGUCAUCUGACAUCGGGUCAAAAGGACGGUGACGAGCACCGCAGGAACUCUGAUGUUAUGGAAAUCCUAAGGAAGACCAGAUUCCCUAGAGUUUGUGGACAGUAUGAGAGAUCACCGGAAACUAUCCUGGAGCAUGAUCGGAUAAUCUGGCUUGGGGAUCUCAAUUACCGGAUUGCACUUUCCUACAGAUCAGUGAAAGCGCUUGUGGAGAUGCGUAACUGGAAAGCAUUGCUGGAAAAAGAUCAGCUGACAAGGGAGCAAAGAGGUGGUCGUGUAUUUGCUGGAUGGAAUGAGGGGAGAAUAUACUUCCCACCAACCUAUAAAUACUCCAACAAUUCUGACAAAUACGCAGGAGACGACAUGAACCAGAAGGAGAAGAAGCGAACUCCAGCAUGGUGUGACCGCAUUUUGUGGUAUGGGAGGGGCCUUAGCCAACUCUCAUAUGUUCGUGGAGAGUCUCGUUUCUCGGACCACAGACCUGUCUACAGCAUGUUCAUUGCAGAAGUGGAAUCGAUCAAUCACACCCAAAUUCAGAAGAUGAGUUCUUGGAGCUCCCAGCUGGACAUAGAAGAAUUGCUGCCCUACUCAUAUGGAUACACUGAAAUUGAUCAUUAUGGGUAUACUGACCUCAAUUUCUACUGAAAUGAACAAAGGAACUCACAUGUUGAGCUAGAUGCCUGAACUGAAACGCCUCUAGUUAUUGCGAUUUGCGAUGCCAGUUAUUUGCCAACAAUUGAGGACAGAGUUUGAUACACCGGUGCACUGCAUUAGCUUCUCAUGGUUUUAAAAAGCUUGUUAUGUAGGCAACACUUAGUUUGAGGUCAGAAAGAGAAAACCUUGAACUUCAGCAUUGGAAUUUUCUGAAUGUUCAGAUUGCUACCAAAGAUUUUACAUAUCCAGACAAGGUAUACCCAGUCAAUGUACAAAACCCACAUCUGCGGCGACAUGAGAAAUCUGAUAAGCCACUGGAUGCUCUCUUUUGCAGGUCUCCAUCUAGUGUUAACCAGUAUAGAGAUUGCAAGUAGUUGGAAGAAGGUAGUGGAUGCUUUAUUUGAAUGGCUCUUCAAGGAAACAAGAGAAACAAAAAUGACAUGACAAAUGUCGACUGGAACGCCCAAGUGAUGAUGAGCAGAUAGAUAGCAUAGCACUGGCCGUUCAAUCUGAAGGCCAGGACAAUUUGCGAACAUUUUUUUUUCCUACUUCCCUCUCUACAUGUGUACACUCCAGCCAUAUUAUUCGGCUAAUAUUCGAGUGGCACAAUACAAUACUAGAUACAGUAGUUUUUGGUUGUGUUUGCAGAGCAGUAAAAUUAAGAUGGGUCAUGAAUGCCCGUUAUUAUAUCCUCAAAUCAUUUCGUUUC